AUGGCUCUUCGUAGUACCCCCCAACGCCCCCAACGCCUCGAAAGCUUAUCCACAUUUGCGUUCCCUCAUUCUCAACUCAUGGAUGAGCAGGAACGUUGGGUCAAUAUUGUCAUUAAAAACAUUGAAGAAAGUCUCCACAAACCGGCCAAUCAGCCUGAUGUCACUAUUUUCCUUGUCCCCAAAACCCUAAUGCAUAACUCUCCUACUUCUUACACUCCACAACAUGUUUCGCUUGGCCCGAACCAUUGUUGGCGCCCAGAGCUCCAUGACAUGGAGGGUUACAAGAUUUCCGCCGCUAAAAACUUCCAACAACAUCUACCCAAACGCCGUAGCUUCAAAUAUGUUGUCGAUAAUUUCGUUAAAAAACACGAAUCGGAGAUUCGCGCUCGCUAUCAAAGGUACAUUUAUUUUAAAGAGGACACUUUAGCCUGGUUGAUGGCGGUAGAUUCAGCAUUCUUGCUUGAGUUCCUUCAAGUGAUUUGGCUGAAGAAAGCAACGAAGCAGCUAGAGCAGGAUAAAAUAAAGAAAAGUACUCCAGUUCAGUGGGAAAUUACCAUCGAGGAGGGUGAUGAUCGUCAGCAGCUUCUUGGAGAUCGACAAAUUAUCUCUUUCCUAGUCACUGGAAUUAAAAAUGUGCAGAAGUAUACAGAGAGUUCGGCUGCUCGGGGUGCCAUUUUAAGAGAUAUUGUGAUGCUUGAGAAUCAAAUUCCGCUGAUUAUAUUGGAAGAGAUGCUGCAUGCUCUAUACUCAUUAAAUGCAGGAGCACUAGCAUCAAACGAAGAAGCACCCGCCACGGCCACUCGCGCGCUGUAUGAACUGUUGUAUGCCUUUCUUCAGAAGGUUUGCCCUUUCGAGUUCUUGACCGAUAGCGAACAGCCUGAUGUUUCACGACGCAAACAUUAUCACCACCUGCUCCACUACAUGUAUGUCACGAUUCUACCCGAUAUAUCUCAUCGCAAGCCAGCCGGUGAUGAUGAUAAUACUAAAGAUGAUGGUGUUAGAGAUAAACAGAAACCGGAGAGCAGAUCUCCGGUUGAGUUAAAAAAAAAAACUGGUCAGCUCCUGUCCUGGUCUAAAAGCGCGCUUAGUAUCUUAAAACUCCCCAAGCGAGCCAGUCUGAUAGUUAAUCCUGUCACACUUCUGCUUCAAUUGGGUUCAGAUAGUCUGUCUAAAACGGAAUCAAGUUGGGAAGAUGAUAGUAAACCACCGGAGAUCGACAUUCCGUCCGCCACCGAACUUGAAAGAGCCGGGGUACGUUUUUCUCCCAUUAAAAAAGGAGAACGUUUCACAGACAUAAAAUUUGAUUCCAAGAUAGCUAUAUUUAAGCUCCCUCCCAUCACUUUAGAUGACAACACAGAAGUGGUUUUGAGAAACUUAGUGGCGUAUGAAGCAUCGAAUCCAUCGGCCUCAGUGUAUUUUACACGUUACACUGAGUUGAUGAAUGGGAUUGUCGAUACUGCGGGUGAUGUGAAGCUUUUGAAGGAACGGAGCAUUAUUCGUAACAAGAUGAAAAGCGACGAAGAGGCAGCCAAUAUGUGGAAUACAAUGAGCAGGUCUCUGAAGAAGAAAAAGGUAAAAGAUUUGGAUGCAGAAAUCAAGAGUGUUAACGAGUAUUACAAUGGCAAGUGGAAGAUUAAAGCUCAAAAAUUCAUGAAUAACUACGUUUACGAAUACUGGCAGCUUCUCACAUUCGUGGCUGCAGUUCUGUUCUUGUUCUUGGAGAUGUUUGAAGGUUUCUGCUCCGUCUACGACUGCACCACCAUUUUUCAUUUCAAGAAGUAG